AUGCACAUUGAAGAAUUAAAGAGAGUAAAAAAUUCAAUCGGAAAAAAAGAAUUUCAAAAGUUAUUACUGAAAUACAAUGGUAAUAAAAAGAUCGAGAAAAUGAAAAUACGAUAUGAAAAUGAUGAGUCAAGUGAAAGUGGAUUAGAAGAUAAUGAUAUAAAAGGAUCUGCUCUAUCCCAAGAAGAAUAUGAUGAUCUUUUAUCAAAACUUCAAAAAAAUGAAGAAUGGCUCAAAUUUGUGAAUUCUCAAAACCAAAAAAAACCUUCAAAACGCAAAAGGAAAAUUAAAGACAGCACAUAUAAGCCGGAUGUCAAAACUUGCUAUCACAGUGCUGCUGCAAAACAAGAAUUUCCAAUUCACGAAGAUAAAAUAGGAAUGUCAGAUUUUCCAAUUGUUUGUGAUUAUACUAAAACGAAUCAAGUAAAAAAACCAAAAACCACUGCAGCUGUCAUCAAAUAUCAAACACGGCAGGAUCAUUUUGCUUUGACUAGAAAUUCUCAACAAGUAUUUAAUUCUGCUUUAAUUCAACAAUUUCAUAUUCAGAACCUUUUAAAUUUCAGUAAUUUUAUACUAUAUGAUAAAAAGUCAAUUAAUUACGAUUCUGUAUUUGUCAUUAGAAAUGUACUGAAUCUUUUAAAUCAAGAAUCGAAGAAUCUUAUUGGAUUACAAAAACAAUUUUUGGAGAAUUUUAGUAAAUAUGAUGCAUAUGCAAAUUUAAUGAGUUCAUCAAAUAAGAAAUCUUCAAAUCACAAACAAAGUACACAUGAUAAGCAGAUCGCUUCUGACGUUUCAGCUAUUACUCUUCCUGCUCCUGCAACGUUAUCUCAAGAAAACAGUAUUCAGACAAAUUCUAUAGGAACGAUUUUUGGCGAAGUUGACGAAGGCCCAGUACCAUGUGGCAUUAACGAAAAUGAUGAUUCUUUGCUUGAAAAAAUUUUGCCAAAUGAUAAUGAAUCAUACAGAAAUCAGUCAGAUUCUUUAGGCAUGAUAUUUGGCGAAGUUGAUGAAGGUCCUGUACCAUGUGGCAUUAACGAAAAUGAUAAUAAGAUCAUUGAAUCACAUGUUAAAGAUCAAAUUCUUUUGAAAGCUGAUGUUCAAUCAUCAAUAAUGGAUAACCCAAUUUUAUUUGGAAACACCCAAUGCCUUAAAGACAAUAAAGGUAGAAAAUUCAUUAAUUUGAAUUUACGAUUAAAUGAAACACAACUUGCUUCGUUAAUUGUUCAACCGGAUACUAAUGAAACUGAUAUUUUGAAACAAGAAAUUGAGCUGAAAACACAAUCAUUCUUACCUCAAUUGUUUGUAUACAUGGAUCCUACUGAGAAAAAACAGCAUGAUUCUGACAAUGAAAUGCUUUUAGUAACAUUUUCAACAGAAAUCCACAAGUAUAUUGCAGCAUUCAAAGCAAGUAUACCUGAGGAUAAGCAUAAUACGCGUGCAUACAAGCUUAUUUCAGAAAUUGAAGCAGUUAUUAAUCGAGAUUUCAAAGAUGUAUAUGAUAUUAAAAAUCUCUUGAUAACAUAUUAUAACACUAAAAGUCAUUCUGCAAUAACUCGCAUGAGUAAUCCAGAAGAAUUUAUGCAAAGAAGCGAUAAACUGUUCAAUGAAGAUUUACACAUGCAAUUCUUUGAUCCUCUUUUCAAAGCAUUAGAUUAUUCGUAUUUUAUCGCAAUUAAUUCUUCCUGCAAAAAUAUCGCCUGCAAGAAAACUCCUCCUUACUUAGUUAUUGAUGUUGAUUGUUUAAGGAUAGAUUUGUAUAGAUUUUGGAGAAUUGAAGGCUCACCAUAUGAAUAUAGAAUUAGCGCGAUUGUUGCUCAUUCGACAAAUCAUUUUUAUAUUUACAUUUGCACAGAUCAUUAUCAUCCUUUCACAUGCAAAUGGAUAUUAAUUGAUGCUGAUAAAUAUUAUACACUAACAUUUGAUGAAAUAGCAAUUAUUAUAAAUAAUCGUAAAUGUCCUUUAUCAGGUCAUGAUCAAGCAAUGCAUGGUCAAGUUGGAAUGCUGUUUUAUAAAAGAAUUUUAAAUACUGAAUUUCUUCAAUUUAAUGGAUUGAAAUCAUGUGUAUACCUUAAUAGAUUUUUGCCAAAGCUGACAAGUAUCAUUAAUGCUUAUCAUCCAAAUCCUUCAGAAAUCUGCCUCUAUUUAAUGCACAUCCUCGAACAAGAUGAUAUAAUAUAUUUAAUAGGAAAGAUCAAAUCAAGUGCUAACAAUCAAUAUUCUACAAUUGUUAUAUCAGUGAAAAAUCAAGUUUAUAAACUGGAUUUUAUUCCAAAGUCUAAAUUUGAUGAAUGUGCUCAAGAAAUUAGAGAUUUAGCAGGGCAAAAUCUAUCAAAUUUGGAACUAAAAUCCAAAAAGAACCCUUUUAAAUUAUUCUCGCAGAAUGAUAUGUUAGAAGUUAUAUCAGUUGAAUUAACAAAUAAUACAAAUCAAAAUUUUCUUGCUUCUGGAAACCAUUAUUCCGCAGUUAUUGGAAGAAGUCAAACAUUAUAUGACAAUUUUUAUAAGCAGCAUCAUUUGUCAACAGCAAAAUGGGUAAAAAUCAAAGCGAAUGGGCAGCUUGAAGUCGACUUACAUAAUAUGAGUUCUCAGGAUAUUUUUGAGCCUCUAGAUAUAGAUGAAACUCCAACAUUUACUAUUGCAACUUUUGUUGUUUCUUUUACCAAUGAAGGAGAAGCUUUAAUGAUUACCCUCUCGGUACAAAAAGGAUACAAUAUUAUAAGUAAUAUUUACGAUACAUGCGAAACUAUAACAUAUGCAGUUUCCAGUAAAAAUAUUCAAAUGCCUAAUUUAUAUAUAGAUAAUUCCGAGAAAAAAAAUGCUCAGUCGAUUUUUAGAAGAUUUCAUUAA